AUGGCCUUUUGCCGCCAAUUGUCGGCCCUUUUGCGGAAGGAUUGGAUAAUCCGUGUCCGCAAUCCAAUCGCCACAGUCUUCGAACUGUUCCCGGCUGUCCUUCUGGCCCUUAUGCUCGCAUAUCACACACGCGAUGAGCGCUAUCCAUACCUGACCACCGAUGGUACCGAAGCCGCAGAUAUGAGCCGAUUGAGCUCAGGGAAGUCAUGGCGCAGUUAUCCCUUCAACUUAGCCAAACCCAUUGAAGGUGUGUCUCAGAUAUACUUCACACCAAACAACGCAUUCACAGGCGAUCUGAUGAACACAUUGAAGACAAUCAGCGGUUGGGAUGUCGUUCCCGUCGAGAAUGCCAUGAAAUUAAGGGAAAUAGUGAAACAAUCCAAUACUACGGGAAAUUAUAGCAAUUGGCGUAAGGAAUCGAUAGGUAUUAUAUUCGAUGGUUCCGAUUACAAAGAGCACCGGGACUUCAAGUAUACACUGGUGGCAGAGAGCGAUGAGGCAGAGACGGCUAUGGAUAUAGAGAACGAAAGGGACGACUAUUUCGGAAGAAUGCACCGACGCUUCCCGUCCCUAUACGACGAUUCCAUCGUUAAAUGGGUGCAAACGGUGGUGAACGAGGCCUUCCUCACCAAAGUGGCCAAAGAUAACGGUGCGAAUCGUCCCGCCAUUGGGCGACUGAACUUCCAUACGUUUCCACUGCCACGAGAACUGUACAACUUAAGCGCUAAAGACCUCGAUUACCCCAGGGGACGAUUUUCUCAGCGGGUGUCGAGGGGUGACUUCAUUUCGAUGACCAUUGUGUUGGGAUAUAUCGUGUUGUGUCCGUUGAUUGUCCGGCGGGUGACGAACGAGAAGUCCAAUAAAGUCAAAGAACUGAUGCGAAUGAUGGGAAUGUCUGAGUGGAUCUUCUGGACCUCCCAUUUCAUCAAUUAUCUCAUUGUCAUGUCAUUGCAUGCGUUCGUGUUUGUGAUGAUCUACUGCUAUGGCUUACCAUUGCUGGGAUGGGAGGGCAGAGCGCUGCUCGACCUCCAGAAUCCCGUCUUAUUCUUCACGAUUCUGUUUUGUAUGGCAUUCACCACAGUAUUCAAUCACUCGGUUCUGGCGGUCAUAGUGAUGGUCAUCGCUUAUAUCAUUGUCUACGGCGUCGGUAUGUUUUACUUGAGUCCGAUGUACUCACAACGAGAGUAUGACUCAAACAAUAUGAGGCUUUUGUCGUCAAUAUACCCGAGUUAUGCGAUCACAUGGUCUGUGGGUUUGUUGGCCCGUUGGGAAUGGUGUGCCGUAACCGUCGGUUUCGCGCAACUCUUCGCAAACACGCCAUUCAUUCAAUUAAGAUUAGGCGAAGUACUGGCCGUACAGAUACUGUCGUGCUUUUUGUGGGCACUUGUGAUCUGGUAUUUGGACGCCGUUUGGCCCUUUCAGGACGGAGUGCCCCAAUCCCUGUGCUUCCCGUGUCAGCCCUCCUAUUAUUGUCCGCAUAAGUCCGUCAAGAAUAGCGAAUCGACGGCCAGUUCUGCGAAAAAUGAAAACUUUGAAACUCAACCGAAAGACAGCAAAGUUAUGAUAUCUUUGAGAAAGAUAUCAAAAGAUUUCGGUGGCGGACGAGGGGUUAAAGACAUGUCUUUAGAUAUCUUCAGCCAACAAAUUACUGUUUUGUUGGGACAUAACGGCGCCGGAAAGACCACUACAAUGAAUAUGAUAACCGGUAUAUUCCCUCCCAGUUCGGGAACAGUACUCGUCAACGGUUAUGAUGUGAUGACUGCCAUCCGAGAGGCCAGAAAGAGCAUUGGUUUGUGUCCACAGGAGAAUAUUCUCUUCAAUGACUUGACUGUUGCACAACAUCUCAGACUUUAUGCCGUUUUGAAAGACUUCCCGAGCGAUCAGAUAAAGCCGGAGAUCGAGAGAGUGUUGUCUAUAAUCCGAUUGAACGACAAAAAGGAUUGGAAGAGUAAAUCACUUUCUGGAGGAAUGAAACGGAAACUGAGUUUAGGAAUCGCUAUAAUCGGCGGAACAGAAGUCCUGAUACUGGAUGAGCCGACCUCUGGUAUGGACCCCGAGGCGCGCAGAGCUAUUUGGGAUGUCUUACAAGAUGUGAGACGACAGAAGACUAUACUAUUGACCACUCAUUACAUGGAAGAGGCGGAUGUACUGACCAUUAGUUUUCAUGACUUGAAUGUAUUGGGCGACAGAAUAGCCAUUAUGUCUGAAGGUGUCCUCAAAUGCUGCGGAUCUCCUAUGUAUUUGAAGAAGCGAUUUGGUGCCGGAUAUCACCUGAGAAUCUCAAAGUCAGACAAUUAUAAGAAGGAAGCGGUCGAUGAGAUACUCAAAAGACAUUUACCCGACAGUCGUCUUCAGAGCGAAAUCAAUACAGAAAUCAUUUAUUCACUCGAAUCGGAGAACACAUCCAAACAAACCGAUAAAAAUGUUUUCCCGAAACUGUUUGACGAACUCGAGAGUCGGAAACAGGCGAUCGGUUUACAAUCGUUUGGCAUAACUGUGACCACAAUGGAAGACGUGUUCUUGAAGGUGGGAUCCAAUGUAGAGGUCGACCACAAGUCAACGAACGCCGCGAAUAAUAAAAAGCCAAAUGAAUACCAGAAUAUUACAGGACUUCCACUGAUUGUACAAUCAGUCCUCCAGAAGAGCCGUACGAAAUGUAUCGACAUUUGCUGA